AUGGCCACCACUAUCUCGCACGAUCUUGCCUGGGAGGUUACCAAGGGACGCAGCUCCACGCUCGUCAAGAGGGCGAACGGUAUCCAGUUCUCGCGCGAUCCUCUUAACCUGAGGAACGUGUACAGCCGCAAGAACGAGGGCUCCAUUGCCAACAAGGCUAUCGGCGUUAUCCCCGGCCCCGAGGGUGGUGUCACUCUUCUCAUCAAGAAGGCCGACAAGCACCACCAGCCCGCAUCUGCCAUCCAGACCACCACCUUCGGCCCCAGCAGGUCCACCCGCAAGACAUACUCCGCCAUCGUCAACUCCACCACCAAGCGCAACUACCGCCCCGACCUCCGCCAGGACGCCGUUGCUAAGGCCUCCGCCAUCCGCAAGAGCCAGAAGCCCGUCAAGGAGUCCAAGCCCACCAAGGCCAGGGGUGCCAAGGCUCAGGCCGCUGCCACCGAGGCAUAG